AUUCCGAGUGGAAGACACCAUAGGGUGGAUAACACGUGACCCAGAGACGACACAUGAAAAACAACACCAGGUUUCGGCUGUUCUGACAUCCAUAACUAUUCCUUCUUUGGCUCGAUUAUUGUGUCCCCUACUUUUACGCAUCGCUUGGCUCCCUACAGUGAUGAGCAUCAGUGCCAGGGUCUGUAGCAAGUCCGCAACCUCUGCGAUGACUCCGGAGCCGUCUCUGUCCACCCCAAGAAUGUCUGGCUGGACGGAUCGCAAUGCAAUCCUGGAAUUUUUCGCCCGACCUGCUCCAACUCCUCGACCAGCGGCGGUUUCCCAAACGGCCAAAUGCACUCCAGCCAUCCGGCCUCAAAAAGGAUAUAAGGAAUUCAAAUUUUAUCACUACGCCGACCCAAGUGCUUACAUUGUUCAGUAUCGGUAUGACUGUUCAUCGGUUGCAAGUCGGUGCGGCAGUGAUGGUCCUCUAGAACAAUUCGUGGUACUGAAUAACAAAGGAGAGCCUAUUUCCAAAUCAAAUGCGCCAGGCGGAGCCACUGGGUUUCAGAACACUCCGGAUGCACUGAAAAGCCGUUCCUCUCGGACCAGUUUUGACAACCAAUCAUGUGUCACUCCUCGAACUUCUCUCCUCAAUCUCUUGGAACAGGGUGAUGAUGAAGCUAUAAAUUUUUUGAACUCUGGUCCACUAUUAAAAGGUGCAACCAAGCAACCCCCUGUUAGGAAGUCUGAUGAACGGUUGACUCAACGCCCCCAAGUACUGAACCCCAACAGAUCGGCUGGAAAGUUUCCUGAGCAACAGACAUCCAAUCAACAAGUAGUGCUUCAGGUCAAUAGCCAGUUUUCCAAGAGUGUCAGACAGUUAAAUCAACUGGCUUCCGCGAAAUGCACCACCGUUUCUGCUCCGUCGAAACGCGGCCG